AUGAUGCACCCGUCGCGACAAGCCUACGUCGAGGAGGCGAUGGAUGAGGAUCGAGGCAUUGCACUGGAGGAUAUUCCAACCGAUCAUGACUACGAGAUUCCCUCGGCCUUCUCUGGCGCCGCGCCAGAGAAAGCGUCCGCCGUUCUAGCGCAAAUGGAGAGAAAGAAAUUGGCUGCAAGCAUCGCGGUACCAACGGACGACAACAGGGUGCGAGCGAAGCUCCGAGAGAUGGGCGAACCGAUUACAUUCUUUGGCGAGGGCAAACCCGAACGCAGAGAUCGUCUACGAAACCUUCUUGCCAUUCAACAUGAGAUGGCCGGCCUCGAAAACGGUGACAUAGAAAUGGAAGACGCAGACGAGGACGCGGAAGAGCAAGACGAGGAAUUUUAUACACCAGGCGGCCAGUCAUUGCUUCAGGCGCGCAUCGAUAUUGCGAAAUACUCCCUCCCGAGGGCAAAACGGCGGGUCCAGUUUCAGAAGGCUGAAGCCUCCAUUCCUUUGCGCACACACGUCAAGUUCCGGAAACAGAUCAAGGACAAGCUGGAGGGCUUCGAGCUCCAGGGCAGUCAAACAGCCGGCGACAGGCACAUCAGCAUGACGAGACUGUCACCAAACGGAGAAAUUGUUGCUGUGGGCAACUGGGGAGGAGGUCUUAAGCUUAUCGAGGUUCCCAGCUUGGAGGCAAAGAUGAACCUCCGAGGACACACCCAGAAGAUCAGUGGUAUAUCAUGGUACCCCGGCUCUACACUGCCCGAAAGCAACGUAUCUCCAGAUGCGGUGAAUCUUGUCUCUGGAGGAGCCGAAGGCUCGGUACAUCUGUGGUCUUUGAACCAAGAUACUCCCCUUUCGACCCUCACUGGCCACGGCGGCAGAGUGUCCCGCGUUGAGUUCCAUCCUUCUGGUCGUUACGUUGCGUCAGCUUCAGACGAUACGACGUGGCGACUCUGGGAUGUCGAGACGACCGCGGAGCUACUGCUUCAGGAAGGCCAUUCCAGAGGCGUUUACUCUGUCAGCUUCAACGCUGAUGGCUCCUUGUUGGCAAGCGCUGGCCUUGACAGCAUUGGUCGUAUUUGGGAUUUGCGUUCAGGAAGAACUGUUAUGAUCCUCGACGAGCACAUCCAACCUAUUUACGCGCUUGACUGGGGUUCUGAAGGCCACAGAGUACUGUCGGGAUCGGCAGACGGCUGGGUCAAAUGUUGGGACAUUCGCAAAGUCCAAAGAACAGCAAACUUGGGAGCACACGCGAAAGCUGUCUCUGACAUACGAUGGUUCAGGGGUUUGGACGAUCCCAUUGAUGGAACCCCCCCUGGAACCGAUGAAAAGGGCGCACAGCAACCCAAAAAGGCCGGUACGUUCUUUGUAUCUGGUGGCUUUGACGCCAAGAUCAAGAUCUUCUCAGCCGACAACUGGGGCGUGAUACAGACGCUGAGCGGACAUUCUGGCCCUGUCGCCAGUGUGGACGUGAGCAGAGACGGAAAAUGGAUCGUGAGUGGUGGACAUGAUCGGACGGUGAAGCUUUGGGGCCGCAAUGACGGUGAGGGUCUUUAA